AUGCCUGUCUUGAGUCUCAGCGAGUUGAACAUUGUGCUCAGCGUACUGGAAAGUGAGAAAUGGGGCUCUGCAACACCAGGUCAGACGAGUGCCAUCACUCUGGGCGUCACUCGAGUCAUGAUCGGUGUCCAGCUUGUCAUCGCCGGCUACCAACUCCCCGCCAAGUACUGUAUCACGAGAUGGAAAGAGAUGGCACUCUGUCUGUUGCCUAUCAUGACCGUCAUGUGGCUCUGCACAUCGGCCUGCGUGAUGGUCACCAUACCCAACAUCACAUUCCUAGCAGCCCUCGUCAUUGCCUCCUGUGUUACAUGCAUCGAUCCGAUCCUCUCUCAGGAAAUAGCAAAAGGUCCAUUUGCUGAUAAGUUUGUGCCCCGCCCACUCCGAGAGAUCAUCUCAGCCGAGGCCGGUGCAAACGAAGGGUUUGGCUUCUUGUUCCUCAUGCUCGCUACGUAUCUUAUUCGGCAUGCUGAUGUACCAGGUGCUGGCACUGAUGGCGUUGCAGCUCGCUCCGCUGCCGAGAUCGGCCAAACUGCUACUCAUGCACUUAUAGGUCGCAGUGAUGAGGUCGGUCGUCUUGGUGGCGGUGUCGCCCAUGCCUUGGAAACCUGGUUCGUCGAGACUUGGCUGUAUGUCUUUGCCUUAUCCAUUGCCUAUGGGUUCAUUGUUGGAUAUGGAGCAUGCAAAGCUAUCAAGCUUGGUCUCAAGCACAAGUAUAUUGACGACGAGUCAUACGUUCUUUUCCCAACAACACUGGGCCUUUUCAUCGUCGGCAGCUGCGGAGCUAUCGGAACCGACGAUCUUCUCGCCUGUUUCGCCGCUGGUUGCGCACUCAAUUGGGAUGGCAAUUAUCUCCGCGAAACCGAGACGCGCCAUGAUCAAGUCAAUGCAUGCAUAACCAUUCUCCUCAACUUUAGCGGUUUCAUGUACAUUGGUGCAAUUCUACCCUGGGAAAGCUUCCAUGACCCCACCGGUACGGGUAUCACUCUCCCGCGCCUCUUUGGUCUCGGCUUCCUAGUUCUUGUCUUCCGUCGACUACCAGCUAUUCUUACCUAUUACAAGGCCAUGCCCGCCGUCUGUAAAAGCUGGAAGGACGCCCUUUUCAUGGGGUACUUCGGACCCAUUGGUGCUGGAGCUGUCUUCUACGUUGAGCAUGCUCGUCAGUUAUUUCCUCAAGAUGGCGAGGGCGACGAGGAGGAAACCAAUCUGGUUCGCGCUCUAGCACCUACCGUAUACUGGCUCGUCCUAUUCUCCAUCGUUAUUCACGGCCUUUCCAUCCCUGCCCUCAAUCUUUUCUAUCACUUUACCCGCAAGGAGAUGAUCAAAGAAGAUGCAGUCGAAGUCCACCGUGCCUCAAUGCGUGUUGCUACGCCCAACAAUGCGAUUGCUGGCGACAACAAUACCUUCAUUGCGUUUAACCGGUUCAGUCGUCAGGUAGGCUCUGAGGCCCCUCAGCUGCCAGUUCAGAAGGAGUUGCACUACUGGUCAGACGAUGAGCAGUCCAUCAACGAAGCUCCUAUUGAGAAGCGGAAGAGUGUAUUGAACUAG